AAAAUUAAUUGCAGAAGUUAUUUCGUUGAAUUUGUUUUUGGAUUAAUAUUAUUGUGGUGCAGUUAUUGUUCUGUGAUUUUGGAGAUGAAUUUGAUGAAUAUAUGGAGAAUAUUUAUGUGACAUAAGUCUUAGUAUUGUUUUGGUGUUUGAUUCAUUAGUUUAAUAUUGUGGAAUUAUUGUUAAAAACGUUUCCUGUUUGUGAAAAUUCGGAUUUCAAUUAAUGUUACAAAGAACAUUAACACAAGUUUUGGUGUCUUUGCUAUAUUUUGAUUAAAAGUGAACAGACAUGCUGUCAUGUGAUACACGGAUAUAUGUGCAAUGUAAUUCUUGACAAUUCUGUGACAAUUCUAUAUUUCAAAUAGUCACACAAUGGAUAUCACAGGAUCUGUUUGAAUUUGGAAAGACAGACAAUAACUCAUCUUACAAAUUCAUAGGUGUUAAAAUAAUGAAAGCAUGCAAUAAAAAUGCAAAUAAUCAGAUGUGAAUGUGAAUAUGGAAUACGUGUAGAUGUUGAAUGUUAAUAUCUGAAAAGGAGUGUAUUUUACUUGUAAGCGCACAGAUAUAUUUAUUCCUGAAGAAAAAUUAAGUGUUAACACCAAAGGAAAAGUGUAAUAUUCGAAUUUUAAGUGCAUGGAUAUAGGCAUUCAAGUGAAUGUGAAGUAACGUAAUAUGGAUAAUGGAAUAACGGGCAGAUUUGCGGAUAUCUCGCAAUCUCACGCUGGCACUUUGCUACGAAAUAAGCGGCUGGGCAGUCUAACCAAGGAUCGCACAGAUGACCACCUUACCUCACCCAACGGUGCACAUGGCGAUGUGUCAGAAGCCACAAGUCCGUUACUUCAGCGCGUGGCCAUUAUACAAAAGGAUGAGAAAGGCUACGGGCUGACAGUGAGCGGGGACAACCCAGUAUAUGUACAAAGUGUGAAACCAGGUGGUGCUGCUGAGAAGGCAGGGGUACAGGUGGGGGACAAGAUCAUCAAGGUGAAUGGUCAGCAAGUGGUGAAGUCCAACCAUCCAGAGGUCGUUAAACUCAUCAAAUCCGGUUCCUACGUGGCCCUGACAUUGCUCGGUAAGCCCGUCACGUCCUCAUCUUCUGCAUCUAGCGUUCAUGCACAGGAGCAGCCUUUUCAAAGGGAUUCAUUGAGCCGGGAUUCAUCGAGUCGUGAAUCAUUUCAGAUCCGGGACAUUUCACAUAUCCGGGACUUUUCACAGUUCCGGGACUCUGUAUCGUUGCCACAACCGGUUGAUCGAAAGUAUCAUAUUCGUGCAGAGAAAGAGAAAGAUUUACAGCAACAGAAAGCUCGGACAAUACGUGCCAUGUAUGAAACAGUUCAGGAUGAAUACGAUAAGCUGCGCAAGUCCUGCAAAGCGAAUCCCGGUGAUCCCAAACUCCAGACGCAGCUUUCCGAGAAGGAGAGGACGCUACGGAUACUCGAGGCUCAGAUCAAGAAACCUGCCUGGACUUGAGAACCUGGGAAAUCGAGACACACAGCUGCACAAUAUGCCGUCCAUAAAUGUGGAUGAGGUAGAUUAUUCCUCACCCAUUGGGCAACCAUCCAAGGAACGGAAGCACCAGAAACACAGCUCUUCCCCAGGGGCAAUGUUUGGUGCAGCAGAACCGCCGCAGCAAAAGGGCGUG